AUGAGCACGGAACUGCUUGAAUCCAGGAGGUUUGAAAUCGAAUUGUUUCAAUAUGAUUCAGUUUUAAUCAUUUUCAGGCGAAAUAUAAGAGCAGCAACGGCUCGUAAAGAACGCAUAUGGCCAGACGGAGUGAUACCCUACGAGAUCUCGAAUAAUUUUUCAGGUGAACAUAAGUAUCUGUUUCAGAAAGCAAUGCGUCACUGGGAGAAUCACACCUGUUUGUCUUUCGUGCCCCGUCAGUCUGAACACAACGACUAUAUUAUUUUUACCGUUGAUAAAUGUGGGUGCUGCUCAUAUGUUGGUCGUAAAGGAGAUGGUCCUCAAGCGAUAUCAAUUGGGAAGAAUUGUGACAAAUUUGGUAUUGUUGUACAUGAACUGGGUCAUGUUGUAGGAUUUUGGCACGAGCACACAAGGCUUGAUCGAGAUGAUUUUGUCGAUAUUUUUUAUAAAAGCAUACAACAAGCUCAAGAUUAUAAUUUUGACAAGCUAAAGGCAGAUGAAAUAGAUUCGCUUGGUGAACCAUAUGAUUAUGCAUCAAUAAUGCACUAUGCGCGUGAUACAUUUUCGAGAGCGAUGUAUUUGGACACAAUUCUUCCUAAAGGAAAAUUUAAGCAACGACCUGAAAUAGGACAACGCAUUAAAUUGUCGCCGGGUGAUAUUUCACAGACAAAUAAACUUUAUCGCUGUCCAGAUUGUGGUGAAACCUUAAUAAAUGAAUAUGGCAAAUUGCGACUUAACGGCGGCUCAAAUUGCCAUUGGAGGAUUAUAGCUGCAAUGGGCGAACUGAUUGCUUUGAACGUAUCAACAAUUGGAUGGCCAUUACCUGUGGAUGACUGCUCGACGGAACGUGAUAAUUAUUUGAUCGUAAGAGAUGGGCAUUUUAUAGGAUCGUCGAUUCUUGGUAAAAUGUGUGGUGGUAUAUCAUUUCGAACAUUCUUCUCAACGAGAAAUCGUCUUUUUAUACAAGCGCAUAUUUCUAUACCAUUAAAAUCCGUUUUUGGCCAUUAUAUUGUUAUAUGUGGUGGUCGCAUGGUCGGUGACAAUGGUACCAUACAAAGUCCUCUCUUCCCUGAAAAUUAUUCUCCCGAUGCUGAUUGUACAUGGACCGUAACUGUGCCAAAAAAUUAUCAAGUUGCACUCAUAUUUCAAUAUUUCAAUCUCGAAGCACAUCGAGAUUGUGUUUAUGAUCGAUUGGAAAUAUACGACAGUGCUUUAGUCGAUCCUUCCUUGCUUAUUUCCAGGUUAUGUGGCCAGACUAUCGUUAAUUCAAUUGUUUCCAAAAGUAAUACGGUUUUACUUCGUUUCAAAUCGGAUAGCUCUGUGCAAAAAUCGGAAAAGAAUGAGUGCAUGUUAGAAAUGCAUGGUUGUGAACAUCGUUGUGUUAAUGAAAUCGGAGGAUUUCGAUGUGAAUGUAAUAUAGGAUUUUCACUUCGUGAAGAUGGUCGAACGUGUCAAAGUACGUGCGGUGGAGUCAUUAAAGCGUCAAAUGGAACUUUUAAAAGUCCAAACUAUCCUCGAAAUUAUCCUCCUUUAAAAAACUGUAUUUGGCAAAUCGAAGCCGACGAAGCAUAUCAAAUUAUUGUGAAUUUUACUCAUUUUAACGUGGAGGGUAUGAAAACGGAAUGUGCUUAUGACUAUUUGCUGAUUAAAGAUGAGGGGGGUAGCGGAGAGCGAUACUGUGGAGAUUAUAGUCAAUCGCUUGUUUAUACGUCAACAUCAAAUCGAAUUAAAGUUCAGUUUGUGUCCGAUAAUUCGGUCGAAAAAAGUGGGUUUCUGGCAUAUUUUAUCACUGAUUUAGAUGAAUGCCGGAAAAAUAAUGGCGGUUGUCAACAAGUAUGCAUCAAUACAAUUGGUUCAUAUCGAUGCGAAUGUGAAAAUGGUUAUGUUUUAGCAGAUGAUAAGCACAAUUGUAAAGAAGGAGGUUGUCAUUCCGAGUUACACUAUCCAGAAGGAGAAAUAACUUCUCCGAAUUAUCCUUUAGAUUAUCCUAAAGCAAAAUCUUGCAACUGGCACUUUGUCACAACACCAGGUCAUAGACUAUCACUAACGUUUGAAGAAUUCUUAUUUGAAGAACAUAACGCUUGUAAAUAUGACCACAUAGAAGUAUUCGAUGGUGGUGAUAUUUUCGCUCCAUCGCUUGGAAUCUUCUGUGGAAGCGAAGUACCAUCUAAUAUCCAAUCCUCAUCAAAUCAGUUAUUCUUAACCAUGAUUACUGAUGCUAGCGUCACUCGUCGUGGUUUUAAAGCAUUCUACUCCUCAGUUUGCGGUGGAAAUUUGAAAGCAGAAAGUUCGGUCGGUUUUAUUUAUUCGCAUGCUCGAUACAAUGUGAAUGGCGUAUAUUGGCUGGUAUCGGACAAGGAGUUGAAAUUAAAUUUAUGCAAGAGAGAGAAAAAUUGCGGAUUUGAUUACAUCGAAAUAUACGAUGGGAAAGAACGAAAUGAAGAACGUCGAAUAACACGUUUUUGUGGUAAUCAGCUUCCUCCAACAUUUGUAUCAACUGGAAGAUGGUUAUUAUUAGUGUUAAAUACAGAUGAUUCGGAGGAAAAGAAAGGUUUUGUCGCAGAGUAUCGGUCGACGAUCCCAGCUACAGCAUUACCUUCAUUCAUUCCUACUCCUCGUCCGCCUCGAGAACCCGUCAUCAAUAACAACUAA